CACAUUCGGCUGCACAUGGAAGGCACGCUCACAGCUCGGGACAAGGUCGGGGUGCAGGAUUUCGUGCUGCUGGACGCGCACACCAGCGAGUCUGCUUUUCUGGACAAUCUGCGCAAGCGUUUCAGAGAGAAUCUCAUCUAUACGUAUAUCGGGACUCUCCUUGUGUCCGUGAACCCAUACCAGGAACUCGGGAUCUACACAGUGAGCCAGAUGGAACUUUAUCAAGGCGUCAAUUUCUUUGAACUGCCUCCACAUGUGUACGCCAUAGCCGACAACGCCUACCGCAUGAUGUGCUCGGAGCUGAACAACCACUUCAUCCUCAUUUCCGGAGAAAGCGGCGCAGGCAAGACGGAGGCCUCCAAGAAGAUCCUCCAGUAUUUCGCAGUGACCUGCCCCAUGACCGAGUCACUGCAGACUGCCCGCGAUAGACUGUUACUCUCCAACCCGGUGCUGGAGGCCUUUGGAAACGCCAAGACGCUCCGGAACGACAACUCCAGCAGAUUUGGGAAGUACAUGGAUAUCCAGUUUGAUUUUAAGGGCAUUCCUGUCGGGGGCCACAUCACCAGUUACCUGAUAGAAAAGUCGCGGGUUGUCUGCCAGAACCAGGGCGAGCGGAACUUCCACAUCUUCUACCAGCUCCUGGAGGGUGGGGAAGAGAGGCUGCUGGCGUGCCUGGGGCUGGAGCGGGACCCCCAGCUGUAUAAGUACCUCUCACAGGGUCAUUCUGCCAAACAGUCCUCCAUCAAUGAUGAGGAUGCCUGGAAAACUGUGUCCAACGCCUUUUCUGUGAUCGAUUUUACAGACGGUGACCUGGAGAAUCUCUUUGGGAUCAUCGCCAGUGUCCUGCACUUGGGGAACAUCUGUUUCGAGGAGAGCCGCCAGGGAUGUGCCACCAUCCCCCACACCCAUGAGAUCAAGUGGAUCGCCAAGCUCCUGGGGGUCCAGCCGUCGGUCCUUCUGGACGCUCUCACCCACAGAAAGAUUGAAGCCAAAACGGAAGAGGUGAUCUGCCCUCUGACGCUGGAACUCUCCGUGUUCGCGCGAGAUGCGGUGGCGAAGUCUGUGUACGAGCGCACCUUCACGUGGCUCGUCAAUAAAAUCAACUCCUCCCUCGUGAACAAGGAUUUCACCAAGAAGACUGUGAUCGGGUUGCUCGAUAUCUACGGGUUCGAGGUCUUUGACAAGAAUGGGUUUGAGCAAUUCUGCAUAAAUUACUGCAAUGAGAAACUGCAGCAGCUGCUGAUCGAGAGGACGUUGAAAGCGGAGCAGGCUGAGUACGACCUGGAAGGGAUCCAGUGGGAGCCCAUUCAGUAUUUUAACAACAAAAUCAUCUGCGAUUUGGUGGAAGAGAGACACAAAGGGAUCAUUUCCAUCCUGGAUGAGGAGUGUAUUCGUCCUGGCCCUGCGACAGACUUGAGCUUCCUGGAGAAGCUGGAAGAGAAAGUGGGUCGCCACGCACACUUCCAGACCCGGAAGUUGGCGGGUCCUAAGGGCCGGAAGCGGAUUGGCUGGCUGGAUUUCCAGCUCCUCCACUAUGCAGGAGAGGUCACCUACUGCACCAAAGGCUUCCUGGAGAAAAACAACGACCUACUCUACCGGCACUUGAAAGAGGUGCUGUGCCAGUCCCAGAACCGCAUCCUCCGGGAGUGCUUCCUGGUGGCCGAGUUAGAGAACCACCGGCGGCCGCCCACGGUGGGAACCCAGUUUAAAAACAGCCUCAGCAGCCUCCUGGAAACCCUCAUCUCAAAGGAACCCUCCUAUAUCCGCUGCAUCAAGCCCAACGAGAGGAAGGAGCCCAGCAAGUUCGAUGACUUCCUCAUAAGGCACCAGGUCAAGUACCUGGGGCUGAUGGAGCACCUGCGUGUGAGGCGGGCCGGCUUCGCCUACCGGCGGAAGUACGAGCACUUCCUGCAAAGGUACAAGUCCCUGUGUCCGGACACCUGGCCGCACUGGCGCGGGCCGCCAGCAGAGGGCGUCGAGCGGCUGAUCAAGUACAUCGGCUACAGCCCUGAGGAGUACAAGCUGGGGAGAACCAAAAUAUUCAUUCGAUUCCCCAGAACUCUCUUUGCCACGGAAGAUGCCUUUGAAUUUAGCAAACAUCAAUUAGUUGCAAGAAUCCAAGCCACGUACCGAGGCUGCCUGGAGCGGAGAGAGUAUCUGCUGAAGAGGCAAGCAGCUGUCAGGCUUGAAGCCCACUGGCGUGGAGUCCUGGCUCGGAAGGAGGCUGAAAAGAGGAAGUGGGCCGUGUGGAUCAUCAGGAAGUUCAUUAAGGGAUUCAUCCAUCGUGACAAGCCCCUGAGUCCCGAUGACGAGGAGUUCCUCCUGCUGGUGCGCAAGAAUUACAUUUUGAACCUGCGGUAUCACGUCCCAAAGAGCGUCUUGGAUAAGAGUUGGCUGAGGCCGCCAGGCAUCCUAGAAAACGCGUCGGCGCUGCUCCGGACCAUGUGCACCAGGAACCUGGUGCGGAAGUACUGCUGCGGGAUCACAGCCGAGCGGAGAGCACUGAUGCAGCAAAAGGUGGUAGCCAGCGCGGUCUUCAGGGGCAAGAAAGAGGGUUACGCAGAGAGUCUGAAUCAACCCUUCGCCCACAGCCGCAUCGAUGAAGGCGACAUUAACCCCAAGGUGCUCCAGCUGCUCGGCAGUGACCAGAUCCAGUACGGCGUCCCAGUGAUCAAAUACGACAGGACCAGCUCCAAGGCGCGCCCACGGCAGCUGCUCCUCACGCAGAAAGCCGCCUACGUGGUUGAAGAGGCCAUAAUCAAGCAGAAAAUCGAGUACGCGGCACUCCGGGGGGUCUCCACGAGCAACCUGCGGGACGGGCUCUUGGUCAUCCACGUUUCGCCCGAGGUCCACAAGCAAAAGGGGGAUGCCAUCCUGCAGUGCGAAUAUAUCUUUGAGGUCGUCACCAAGCUCGUCUUGCUGGUUAAGAAGGAGAACCUCGUCCACGUCGUUCAGGGCAGUUUGCAGUUUUAUAUAAGUCCUGGGAGAGAAGGUACAAUUGUUUUCGACACUGGACCGGAAGAACAAAUCUAUAAAGACAAAAAAGGACAAUUAACAGUGUUCCAGCUGGUAAGUUCCACCUCAUUCCCCACCCGGGGCAGCGGUGACCACGCCGCUGCCACCCUGCGCCUGCUGAAUGGAGGGAAAGCAGAUUAUUUCUGA